AUGGGACUGCUAUCAAGGAAGAAGACGACCUCGAACCCUCCGCCUGCCAUUUCAGGGCCGAUCAUCCCCGCCGGCUCCGCUCUCAACAACCAUCCGACGGCGACGGUCCCUGCAGGAGCAACGCAUUACCCCUCGAGUAGUGGUGGGGGCGGCGGCUACGGCAGUUAUUCGUCCAACAAGUACAGCCACGAGCGAGAGCAGACUUCUGGCUUACCCAGCCCACCUGGUUCACCCAUUGAGACCGAUUGUAAGUUGGUCCUGUUUUGUGUACUACAUGGCGUUCUUUCUGGGAUUCUCGGAGGUGCCGUCGUGGCAGUCAGUCGCCGGGGUGGGCGCGCACGGGGCGGCGCUUCGUGGCUGGUCGUCGCAGUCCGACCACGGCGAGGAGGCGCGCCAGCCAGCAGCGCCCCGCGGAGCGACUUUCAGGCCCUUUCUGUUCACCCUCGCCCUCCACUUCCAACGAUCUUGCGACCGUGAUUACGGCCUCCUCCCCGGCUUCGCUGCACCGGGCACCAUCGACGACCCCCGUCGACUUGUAUGCUGACCUGAGUCAUACCCCCUCGAAUGUCGACCGCCGACGUAUGCACAGACUCGUCGAAGCAGCUCCAACACCCUCUCACGCCGCCGCACUCGGCUCAGUCGUACUCGUCUCGCCCGAUGCAAGUCCAGCAACAACAGGCGUACCAGACCCACGGCGGCCACUCAUCCUACACCAAGUCGACCUCGUCUUCCCGCGAGAUGCGCGAUGAUCGCACCGCGAGCUCGAACCAGAGCGGCUCGACCGCGCAGACGUCCUAUCACGAGCGAGACGUACAAGGCAAGCUUGAGAACCUCGGGUUGCACGGUGGAUACCAUGGCUCGGACCAAAUGAGCCUCGACAACGUCGAUAUGCACGACGGCACCCCGACCGGUCGACCGGCGUCGGCCGCGACGAACAGUACCGUUCACGGCGGCCAUUCGUCCGGCGGACAUGGCGGUGCGCGCCCCACCACCACCGCCGCGGGUGCCGCCUCGUCGUCGCCGUCACAUCUGCGCCAAGCUCCGCUCACAGGCGGCGGCGUCCCCCCCUCUCGAGGCGUAUCGACCUACUCGAACGUCUCGACGACGCAGAGGCAAACUACGGCGGGGCAGCGGCCUGUUUCGACCAACCUCAGCGUCAUGUCCCCUACACCCUCCAACACCUCCUCGGCCUCGCGCAAGACCUCAUCGCGGUACAAUCUCAGCGAUUUUAGCUUCAACCGCACCCUCGGUACAGGGUCCUUUGGUCGUGUACACUUGGUCAGGUCGCAACACAACUCUCGGUCGUACGCGAUCAAGGUGCUCAACAAGGAGCGCGUCGUCAAGAUGAAGCAGGUCGAGCACACCAACUCGGAGCGCGAGAUGCUCGAGCGCGUGCGGCAUCCGUUCCUCGUCAACCUGUGGGGCACUUUCAAGGACUCGAAGAAUCUGUACAUGGUUAUGGACUUCGUCGCCGGUGGAGAGUUGUUUAGUUUGUUGCGGAAAAGUCAGGUGAGUUGACCCUUCUUCCGACUUUGGAGUCUUUGGUGUGAUCCAGGUGCUGACUCUGCUGGCCGAUGCCCCCCACAGCGAUUCCCCGACCCCGUCGCAAAGUUCUUUGCCGCCGAGGUCGCGCUGGCGCUCGACUACCUCCACUCCCUAGAUAUCAUCUACCGCGAUCUCAAGCCAGAAAACAUCCUCCUCGGCGCGGACGGUCACGUCAAAAUCACCGACUUUGGCUUUGCCAAGCACGUCCCCGAUAUCACCUGGACAUUGUGCGGUACGCCCGACUACCUCGCUCCCGAGAUCGUGCAAUCGCGCGGCUACAACAAGUCGGUCGAUUGGUAUGCGCUUGGCGUUCUCAUGUUCGAGAUGUUGGCUGGCUAUCCGCCAUUCUUCACCGAGGACUCGAAUCCGAUGCGUCUGUACGAGAAGAUCAUCGCCGGCAAAGUACGCUACCCCGGCUACUUUGCUCCCGAGGCCAAGGAUCUGCUCAAGUCGCUGCUCACCCCCGACAUCACGAAGCGAUUCGGCAACUUGGCCAACGGCUCGCGAGAUAUCUUUUCCCAUGUCUGGUUCCAAGAGGUCGACUGGGAGCGGCUGUACCGAAAAGAGAUCCCCGCGCCUUACGUUCCCAAGGUCGAGGGCGAUUGGGACUCGUCCAAUUUCGACGCCUACCCGGAAGUUGACAUGUCAGAGUACGGCAGCACCGGGCCCGAUCCCCACGGUCACCUCUUCACGCUCUUCUAG